AAUCACAGGAUUUGGCGGCAUGUCUAAUCCUCCCUGCUUUUUCGACACCUAAACACACACACCACACACAGACACAGUUACACACAAUCACUUUCCCACUCGAUCUGUCUACUAGAUUAGCAGUGUAGUAGUAUUACUUCUAACCAGCCCUAAUUAAUUAAUCUUCUUACUCCAUUUCUACGCUACACCUACUCCCCAUCUCUCUCUCUCUCUCUGUCUCUCUCUCCCAGAUCCACAAUUAGGUACUUGAUGACUCCACAUCUCCCUCCCCAUCUGAAUUAAUUAAUACACACAUUGUAUGUAUUUAUUUAAACACCACUGUUUUGAAUCUGAUUUCUGAGCUCACUUGACUUCGUCUCCCAUUUCCUGCUCAUUGUGGGAUUCGAGUUACUGAGAUUCUUUCGGUUUUGUUUUGAUCUGAUGGCCUAAUUCAAGUCAAGGUAGGAUUACUGAAUGUUCUGUAUGGACUAGGAUGUGAUGGAAGCCUGAAAUAUCCGCGUUCGCCACAAUGUCGAGGAUCAGCAAGUGGAAGCCAGAGACUGCAAAAGUAAAAGUGGUCUUUAGGCUGCAAUUUAAUGCUACACAUAUUCCAGCAAGUGGAUGGGAUAAGUUGUUUAUAUCUUUUGUUCCCACUGAAUCGGGGAAGACAUCUGCAAAGACGAGCAAAGCAAAUGUGAGAAAUGGAACUUGCAAGUGGGGAGAUCCAAUAUAUGAAACUACAAGGCUUAUUCAGGACACAAAAACCAAAAAAUAUGAUGAGAAGCUUUACAAACUUGUUGUAUCCAUGGGUUCAUCACGGGCUAGCAUCCUUGGUGAGGCUACUAUCAACCUUGCUGAUUAUGCCGAUGCAUCAAAACCUUCUUCUGUUGCAAUGCCUCUCCAUGGAUGCAACUCUGGAGCCAUAUUACACGUUACAGUCCAGCUGCUAACUUCCAAAACUGGGUUCAGAGAAUUCGAGCAGCAGAGGGAACACCGUGAAAGGGGUUUGCAAAUCGGAUCUGACUCCAAUAGAAUUGAUGAUUCUGGUGCCAAUAGCAUAUCAUCUCUGGAUGCCAGUGAUCAGAUGGACAAGGUACAUACAAGAGCAAAAGCGAGACCACAUUCUAAUGAGUUUCCGUCACAGGGGGAAGGUUUACGUGAAGAAUCUGCAGAUUCAGGUGUUGGAUAUGAUGGCUCGUCUAAUACUUCAGGAAGUUUAUAUGCUGAAAAGAAUGACUGCUCAAGCAUGCAUGAAAUUGAUAGCCUUAAGAGUACUGUAUCUGGUGAUAUAGGCGGACUGUCCCAUCAUCAAAGCCCUAAGAAGGAGAAAAGUGAUUCAUCUGAUCAUCAGUUUUUGGCACAAGGUAGGAGUGAUUGGGUCCAAAGAUGGGGUUCAGACUAUUCCAUUGACCAAAGCUUAGCAAUUGCAUACGAGGAGAACAGUAAGCUUAGAGGGAGCUUGGAGGUGGCUGAAUCUUCUGUUCAAGAGCUUAAGAUGGAGGUAAGCUCUUUGCGGUGUUAUGCUGAUGCAUUGGGUAAUGAAACUCAAAAGUUUGCUUCUAGUCUUGUGGCUGAGAUUGCUUCUGGUGAAGAGCUGGCUAAAGAGAUUAUGUUGUUGAAAUCAGAGUGUUCAAAAUGUAAAAUUGAUGUGGAACGGCUAAAAAGCCAGAAGUUCUCCUCUCCAUUUUCUAGUAAGGAAUCGAGUCAAUUUGAGCAGUCAGAUCAUCUGUUGCAAGGAAAACAGCAUACUUGGGUAAAGGGUCUUUCACUUUUGGAGGAUAAGAUGAAAGACGUCCAAAGAAAAGCAUACCUUGGUUUUGAUGAAAGGGACUUUAGCUUCCUUCACUCAGAUUUGCAGGAGCUUUUUAUUAUUUUACAGGAUAUCAAACAUGGUACAGGAGUUGCAUCCUUGGUGCCAUCAAAUCAUGCUGCUAUGGAUCGCAUCGGAAGUAUAAGUCCACAUAACAAUAAACAAUUUGUAUCAGGAACUGGGUUUGAUGUUGAACUGUAUCAUCCGGAAAGUGUGCUUCAAUAUGUAAGUUUGCCCAAUCUCGUGUCUCAGGAAUCUGAAUCACGAGUUGCUGCUGAUGCAGUAGAACUCAAAGUUUUGGAGCUUGUACGGGAGUUGGACGAGACCAAAAUUGAAAGAGAAAGUCUUGCAAGAAAAAUGGACGAGAUGGAGUGCUACUAUGAAUCUUUAGUCCAGGAGCUUGAGGAAAAUCAAAAGCAAAUUUUAGGAGAAUUGCAGAACCUUAGAAGUGAGCAUUCGAUCUGUCUGUACACAAUUUCAACUAAUAAUGCUGAAAUGGAGUCGAUUCGGAAAGAUAUGACAGAAAAGAUUGUUAGAUUUUCUGAGGAAAGACAGGAGCUGGAUUCUCUUAACAAGGAGCUUCAGAGAAGGGUUGUAGCAUCAGAAGCGUCCCUUAAAAGAACGCGUCUGAAUUACUCAAUAGCAGUGGAUCAGUUGCAGAAGGACCUUGAACUGCUUUCCUUCCAGGUUUUGUCAAUGUUUGAAACUAAUGAGAACCUCAUGAAGCAAGCUUUCUCUGAAACAUCACAAGUAUGCUUUGAUGGGUACACAGAUAUAUUGCAGAAUGUUGAGGAAUCUGGUGUAUCUAAACUCUCGAAGUGUAUAAAUCAAAGUCCUGGGGUAGAGAAACAAUUCUUGGGUGGAGAUAUCCUCGUAGGGGACAUGAAAAAAUCAUUAAUUUUGCAAGAAGACAUUUACCAGAAGGUUGAAGAAGAACGCUGUGAAAUACAUUCGACAAAUUUGUACCUCGAUAUCUUCUCACAAAUUCUUAAAGAAAUGUUGUUUGAAGCCAAUAGUCAAAUUAGGUUAAUGAAGGGGGAAAUGUAUGGAAUCACACAGCAAUUGGAAGAAAAAUCCGAGUCUGAAGAUAUUUUGGUGGGAAAGUUGCAAAUGGCAAUGGAAGAAAUUCAUACUCUGAAUGAGUACAAAGCUAUCAGCAUUUCGAAAAGUAGUGACAUGCUUCUACAAAAUCAAAUUACAGAAGCGAAGUUGGAGAGUCUUACGAUGGAGAAUUGUUAUCUCAAAGAGCAGCUUAUGGAGUGUGAAUUACUGAUAAAGGAAUAUAAAACUUAUCAAAGUAAAUAUGUAACUUGUUUGGCUGAGAAAUCAGAGCUCGAAAAUUUAUUGAAAGUGGAAGCAACUGAAAAUGAAAAGCUUCAAAGUGACAUAUCCUCUUUGAAUGAACAGUUGAAAACUCUCAAUGACGGAUAUAUUGAGUCUGUUAUUUCGAAGGAAAAUCUACAUCAUAAUAUUAUGUCUCUGCAAGAUAAGCUGGCUAGUUUGUUGGCAUCUUAUGAGCUGCAAUCAAGUGGACAGUCUCUCUCUUGUAAUCUUUCUUCUCAGGAUUCUGACUUGAAGGACUUCUAUGGUAUCGUCAUGAAGUUAGAGGAAGCACAGCACAAUGCAUGCAAAAGGAUAAUUCAACUCACAGAAGAAAAGAGAGAUCUGCAGGAUGAAAAGCGAAUGGCUAAUAUGUCUGUACACACCAUCAGAUCAGAAAUUGUAGGCAUGAAACAGAAGUUUAAGCACGACAUAAAGGACAUUGAGGCUAAACUAGAUUUGUCUAACACACUUGUCGGAAAACUUCAAAUGAAAUUUGAAUCUGUUGCUAAUAAAUUUCAUUCCAGUGCAGAGGCUGAAAAAUGUAAUGCUCAGCAAAAUGAAGAGCUUUUUGCUGAUCUUGCUCAUGUCGAGCUUCAAUUGCAAGAGCUUGCUUCUAAACACCAAGAAUUUGGUCAAGAAAUCUUGGGCUUGGGCAGUACUGCUGAGGAACUUGAAAGGUGCAAGAUUAUCAUUGCAGAGUUAACACGGGAAAAGAAAGAACUUGAAAUGUUGUUACAAGCUAAAAUCGAGGAAUCUUUUAAGCUUGCAUCUGAUCUUGAUAGUGCAAAAGACAGUCUAAGGUGUGUGCAGGAUGAUUUGCACAUUGAAAAAGGCAUCAGACACAAGCUAGAAGGUACUGUUGGAGAAUAUGAUAUUUGCAAGAUGACCAUAGCUGAGUUAGUACAGGAGAGGACAGAUCUUACAAUGUUGUUAGAAAGUAAGACCAAGGAAUCUGUCAAUCUUGCUGCUGAACUUGAUAAUGUAAAACAGAGCUACAAAGUUCUGCAAGAUGAUUUGCUUGUUGAGCAAGGAUUCAGAGACAAACUGGAUAGUACAAUGGGAGAUCUUGAGAGGAGUAAGAUGACCAUUGUGGAAUUGAUGCAUGAGAAGCAAGAUCUUACAAUGUUGUUAGAAAGUCAGUCCAAGGAAUCUGUUAAGCUUACAUGUGAUCUUGGUAACCUGAAAGAAAGUUUGAAAUCUCUGGAAGAUGAUUUGAUUGUUGAAAGGGGCUUCAGAGACAAGCUGGACAGUACAAUCACUGAUCUUGAGAGGAGCAAGAUGAUCAUCGAUGAGUUAUUACAGGAGAAGCAAGAUCUUACAGCGUUGUUAGAUUGUAAAACUAGGGAAUCACUGAAACUUGCAUCUGAUCUUGAGAGUAUGAAAGAAAGUUUAAGAUGUUUAGAAGAUGAAUUGCGUGUUGAAAAAGACUUUCGGGACAAACUAGAGGAUACAGUUGCAGAGCUUGAGACGAGCAGAGUAAUCGCUGAUGAGUUAAUGGAAGACAAGAAAGGCCUUGUAGUUUUGCUAGAGGUUGAAACUGAGAAAUCUCUUAAGCAAUCAUCUGAACUUAAUAGUUUGAACGAAGUAGUGAGAUGUCUGAAAAAUGAAUUGAAUGUGGAAAAGGGCUUUCACGUUGAAUUAGAGGUUGCGCUUUCUGAACUUAGAAGUAGCAAGACCACCGUUUUGGAUUUGACACAAGAGAACCAAGAUCUUAAAUUGUCAUUAGAGGAAAAGAUUGAGGACUCUGUGAAGCUUGAAUCUCAUGUUGCUAGUUUGAAUGAGAGUUUGAAGUGUCUGCAGGACAGUUUGCUUGUUGAGAUAGGUCUCAAGGAGAAACUCGAGUGUAAAGUACUGCAAAUUACUUCUCAACUGAAGGAAGAACAGGACAAGUUGUGUUGCAUUGACAGUCAGGACGCCGAUAGGGUUGACUCGAGGCAAUUGGCUUCUGAACUUGAUAUCAAUAGGUCUAGAAAUGAUAUUUCAGUGCAGCAUAAGGAUUGUCAAGAGGAGCCAAUCGAAGAGUCUUCUUGUCCUACAGGUCUGAGUUGCCAGUUAACAGAAAUUCAUGAGCAUGUAUUAGAGGCAGAGGUUCAACUCACAUUUGUGAAAACCCAGUAUGAGAGCCUGAUUGAGGAGCUUGUGCUUCAACUCAAACAGUCCAAGGGCUACCAUGUAGAACUUCAAAAUGCGCAUUUUGAUAUAGAGUCACAGUUAAACCGUAGCCUUGCUACUGAAACACAUCAAAGUAAUGAAAAUGCAGAGUUGAUGACAGCUGUUCACUGCCUAAGAUCUGAGUUAGAAGCCUCUGUUGUUGAAAACAGGGUCCUUUCAGAAUCGAUUAGUGUUUUAAUGCCUCAACUUGAGGAAUUCAAGAGGAAGACGGUUACCCUGGAGGCUGAACUUGAUCAGGAUUCAAGAGUGCACAAAGAAUUUAACUACAAGCUGGAAAUAGCAGAGGAGGAGAUUUGUGAAUUGAUAUUCUGUAAUGCUGAGCAGGAAAUUGCAAUCAUUGUUCUAAAAGAUAAAUUAGAUGAACAGAAAGGUCACAUAGCCCUGAUGGAAAAAUCUAGUGUUGAAUCCUUAAAGUUGCAGAAUCAGAUUGAUGAAGUUACCUACAAGCUGUCUGAACAGAUUCUUAGAACAGAAGAAUUCAAAAACUUGUCUGUUCACUUGAAGGAGCUCAAAGACAAAGCUGAAGCUGAAUGUCUCUCGGCUCACGAGAAAAAAGGACCUGAAGGGCCAUCUUUUGCUGUUCAAGAGUCCCUGCGAAUUGCUUUCAUUAAAGAACAAUACGAAACCAAGCUUCAAGAGCUAAGGCAGCAGCUCUCAAUUUCUAAAAAGCAUGGGGAGGAGAUGCUAUGGAAAUUACAAGAUGUUGUUAAUGAGCUUGACGACAGGAAGAAAACUGAAGUUUCUUACUUGAAGAGAAACGAAGAGCUGUCAAUUAAGGUCUUGGAGUUGGAGGCCGAAUUACAAUCAGUAUUCUCUGAUAAGCGUGAGAAAACUAAUGCUUAUGAUAGAAUACAGACUGAGUUGGACUGUGCAAUAUUAAACCUUGAAUGCUGCAAGGAAGAAAAAGAAAAGCUCGAAGCAUCAUUGCGGGAAUGUGUGGAGGAGAAGACUAUAAUAGCAGCUGAGCUUGCUUUGAGAAGAGAACAACUGGAAAAUUCUAUAAGUUCCACCGAUAUGCAAGAAGAAGUUGCUGUGGGCACAGUCAAGAGCAUAUUUGGCAAUGCAAGUAACAGUAAGUCAAACUUUGUAUCAUCCACUACUGAUAUUUUAAAUGGAGAUUCAACUUUGAAUCUUUCCUCUGAGUAUCUGGAUCGCAAGAGCAGCAUGGAUAGCGAACAAAUUCUUGAUACGAGCUUGGUUCCAGUUGAAAAAGCUGAAAAUUUAAGUUCACUUAUUAAUGGGCAAGCCAUCCAGGUUCUUGAAUCUAAAGGUAUACAUGAAAUCCCAGAGCAUGGUCUUCUGAAUGAAGGAAAUUUGUCACCCCGCAAAUCCAAGGAUGUAGCUGUUAAUCAAAAUUUCAGAGCUGAAACUUUGAGGUCUAGCAUAGAUCACCUUCAUGAAGAGUUGGAGAGGAUGAAGAAUGAGAACUCCCAUUUUUCACAGGCUAAUCAUGACCCAUAUGUUCAGGACUUACAAAGAGAACUCAUGCAUUUAAACAAGGCAAAUCAAGAUCUGGAAAGCAUGUUUCCUUGGUUUCAGAAUUGUUUGGGAAGUGGUAAUGCUUUAGAACGGGUACUUGCCUUAGAAAUUGAGCUCGCAGAGGCACUACGGGCAAAGAAGACAUCAAGCUUGCAUAUCCAGAGUUCAUUUCUCAAGCAACACAGUGAUGAGGAAGCGGUCCUUAAAAGCUUUAAAGAUAUCAAUGAAUUAAUAAAGGAGAUGUUAGAACUCAAGGCCAAGUAUGCAAGUGUAGAGACGGAACUGAAAGAGAUGCAUGACCGUUACUCUGACCUUAGCCUUCAGUUUGCUGAGGUUGAAGGAGAGAGACAAAAACUCACAAUGACACUGAAAAAUAUUCGCACACCCAAGAAACCUGGUUACUUGAACCGCUCAUCCUCUGAAACCCUCUGGGACCAAUAAGUGCGCUUUACAGCCUCAUCGACCCGUUUUCCUGUUACAUAGUGUUAAUGCCCUUCUUCCUCAUGUAUAUUAUCUCUGAAUCAACAUAACUUCAUGUGCUGGUAAGCUCCUGCAAUAUAAAUUAGUCUUGAAGCUUCGAUGCCAGACACUGUAGACCAAGACAGUUCUCCGGGUGCGUCUGGCAGGAUUGUUUGCUAUCCUUCUGGAUAUGUUCUUUUGUAGAUUCCAAUUUUUUUAAUUUAUCUUUUCUCGUACUCAGAAUUCAGAUGUAUAGAUACUAAUUAUUAUUAGCAAUCAAUUGUGCCUUCACUCCCCCUCAA